AUGUCUGAUUCAUCACCCACUAUCAACUUUAUUAAUUUCAAUCAAACCGGAACGUGUAUCUCCCUUGGAACAUCGAAAGGUUUUAAAAUAUUCAAUUGUGAGCCCUUCGGAAAAUUUUAUUCAGAGGACAGUGGUGGCUAUGCUAUCGUCGAGAUGCUAUUCUCCACGUCGCUACUGGCUCUGGUUGGGAUAGGCGAUCAGCCUGCGCUUUCACCAAGGAGAUUGCGUAUAAUAAACACGAAAAAACAUUCUAUUAUCUGUGAGGUGACUUUCCCCACUUCUAUUCUCAGUGUGAAGAUGAACAAGUCUCGAUUGGUGGUGCUUUUACAAGAGCAAAUUUAUAUUUAUGAUAUCAACACCAUGAGAUUAUUGCAUACUAUAGAAACGAACCCCAACCCACGUGGCCUUAUGGCUAUGUCUCCUUCAGUAGCUAACAGCUAUUUAGUGUAUCCAUCACCACCGAAAGUGAUUAACUCAGAAAUCAAGGCACAUGCCACUACCAACAAUAUCACAUUGUCAGUUGGUGGCAACACAGAGACUAGUUUCAAGAGAGACCAGCAAGACGCUGGUCAUAAUGAUACUAACGACGUGGAUCAGUAUUCAAGCUUUACUAAGAGGGACGAUACGGAUCCAACAAGCAGCAACGGCGGUAACAGCAGUAUAAUAAAGAAUGGUGACGUGAUUGUAUUCAACUUGGAGACAUUACAACCCACUAUGGUCAUCGAAGCUCAUAAGGGUGAGAUUGCUGCAAUGGCAAUCAGUUUUGAUGGGACGCUGAUGGCUACAGCCUCUGAUAAAGGUACUAUAAUCAGGGUGUUUGACAUUGAAACGGGUGAUAAGAUCUACCAAUUCAGGAGAGGGACGUACGCGACAAGAAUUUACUCCAUAUCAUUCAGCAAAGAUAGUCAGUACUUGGCGGUUACGGGCUCUUCCAAAACUGUGCAUAUCUUCAAAUUAGGGCAUUCCAUGAGCAACAAUAGAUUAGACAGCGAUGAUAGUAAUAUGGAGGAAGCUGCAGCCGAUGAUUCAUCACUGGAUACCAAUAGUAUCGAUGCGUUGAGUGACGAGGAAAACUCGAUAAGACUCGCAAGAGAACCGUAUGUGGAUGCGUCAAGAAAAACAAUGGGCAGGAUGAUACGUUACUCUUCUCAAAAGUUAUCCCGAAGGGCUGCGAGAACAUUGGGACAGAUCUUCCCCAUCAAAGUUACCUCGCUACUGGAAUCCUCGCGCCAUUUUGCGUCUUUAAAACUUCCCAUUGAAACAAAUUCUCAUGUGAUGACCAUAUCAAGUAUAGGCUCUCCUAUAGAUAUAGACACAUCCGAGUAUCCGGAACUCUUUGAAACAGGUAGUUCCGCAGGUACAGAGUCCUACCAUGAACCUAUUAUGAAGAUGGUCCCCAUCAGAGUAGUUUCCUCGGACGGAUACCUUUACAACUUUGUCAUGGACCCGGAGAGGGGCGGCGAUUGCUUAAUACUAUCACAAUAUUCCAUUUUGAUGGAUUGA